AUGCUGAAGCCCGGUGACCCCGGCGGCUCGGCCUUCCUGAAGGUGGACCCGUCCUACCUGCAGCACUGGCAGCAGCUCUUCCCUCAGGUGAAGACGCCUCUGGCUCCUCCGCCCGAGCGCCUCUCCAUCCCCAGCCGCCUGCACAGCCACCUCCUGGCCUCCACGCACUGCACCUCCUCCUCCUCCACCUCCUCCUCCUCAGUAGCCUCCUCUUCCCUGGCAGCAGCAGCAGCAGCAGCAGCUCUCACCCCGUCCUCCUCCUCCCUCUCUCUCUCCCUCUCCACCUCCCAGCUGCCCGGGCCCCAGCAGGUCGCUCUCUUUGGGCUGGCCCCGGUGUGUGUUGGACCAGGAGGAGGAGACAUGCUGGUGGUUGUCCCCCCGGAGAACCAGCAGGGACACAACCCGGCGAUGGGGUUCCUCCAUCAGGCCAAGGAGCAGAGCUGUGGGGGGGUGGGGGUGGUGUCGUCCAGUGUGAAGAGCGGAGGAGGAGGAGGAGGAGGUGGUGUGGGGGGGGAGGAGGGGAAGGGAGCAAGGUUCAAACUGACCUCGGAGGAGCUGGACUACUACCUGUACGGACAGCAGAGGAUGGAGAUCAUCCCCCUGAGCAACCACACAGGAGAGGUCAACAACCGCUGCGACAUGUGCGCAGACAACAGGAACGGCGAGUGUCCGAUGCACGGGCCGCUCCACUCCCUGCGCCGCCUCGUCGGCACCAGCAGCUCGGCGGCGCCCGUCACCCUGCCCGACGUCCCUGAUUGGCUCAGAGAUCUGCCCAGAGAGGUGUGUCUGUGCACGAGCACGGUUCCAGGUCUGGGUUACGGGAUCUGUGCAGCUCAGAGGAUUCCUCAGGGAACCUGGAUCGGUCCGUUCCAGGGGAUCCCGCUGCUGCUGGACAAACUGCACGGAUCCAUGAGGAACACACGACACCUGUGGGAGAUCUACGACACCGAGGGGACGCUGCAGCACUUUAUCGAUGGUAACGAUCCCAGUAAGUCCAGCUGGAUGAGGUACAUCCGCUGCGCCCGACACUGUGGGGAGCAGAACAUGAUGGUCGUCCAGUACAGGUCGUGUAUCUUCUACAGAGCCUGUAUGGACAUCCCCCGAGGAACCGAGCUGCUGGUUUGGUACAACGACUCCUACACGUCCUUCUUCGGGAUCCCACUGCAGUGCACCGCCCAGGACGAGAACUUAAACGUCCCAGCCACGGUGGUGGAGGCCAUGACCCGGCAGGAGUCCCUCCAAUCCUUCAGCAAGACCGGCAAACCCUCCUCUUCCUCCUCCUCCCCCUCCACCGCCCUCAUGCGUUCCAUGGUCUUCCCCCACUCCCCCUGCCCGAGGACCUUCUCCCUCCUGGACAAGGUCGGGAUCGGACUCCAGUCGGACUCCGGCUUCAGCCAGUUGGCGUCGAAGAACCAGCGAGUCCUGGCCAGUCCGACGUCCACCAGCCAGCUGAGCAGCGAGUUCAGCGACUGGCACCUGUGGAAGUGUGGCCAGUGCUUCAAGACCUUCACCCAGAGGAUCCUGCUGCAGAUGCACGUGUGUCCUCAGAACCCCGACAGGCCCUACCAGUGUGGACACUGCUCCCAGUCCUUCUCUCAGCCCUCCGAGUUGAGGAACCACGUCGUGACUCACUCCAGCGACCGGCCCUUUAAGUGCGGUUACUGCGGCCGAGCGUUCGCCGGCGCCACGACGCUCAACAACCACAUCCGCACGCACACGGGAGAGAAGCCGUUCAAGUGCGAGCGGUGCGACCGCAGCUUCACACAGGCCACUCAGCUCAGCCGUCACCAGCGUCUUCCCAACGAGUGCAAGCCGGUGAACGAGAGCAGCGAGUCCAUCGAGGUGGAUUAA